GGGAGCAAAAUGGCGGCGGCGCGGAGGCGGCUCUCGGCGUCCUGCGGGCCUUGGGUGUUCUUGGCGGUGGCUGCGGCGGCGCUCGGCCCGGGAGAGGCUCUGGGGACCCUCAACCUGCACGAACUCAGCGAGCUGAAGUAUGGGAUCGAGAUCGGGGCGGAGCCCGUCAUGGCCGGGCAGAGCAAGGCUUCUGAUGUGGUGACCAUCUCCUCCAAAUACAAGCAGAAGUACGAGUGCCGACUGCCGGCUGCUGCAGUGAAGAUUCAUCAGGAGAAAGAUGAGGAUCCGCAGAGCUACACCGGACUGGGGGUCUCAGAACUGCUGAAGCCCAUGGAAGCAGCUCCUUGCCUUAUCAAGACUAAGGACUGGUGGACAUACAAAUUCUGCUAUGGGAAGCACAUUCAGCAAUACCAUAUGGAAGAGUCUGAAAUCAAAGGUGACAUCCUCUACCUUGGAUAUUACCAGUCCGCAUUUGACUGGGACAAUGAAACAGCAAAGGCUUCCAAGCAGCACAAGCUGAAGCGUUACCACAGCCAGACCUACGUCAACGGAUCCAAGUGUAACCUGAACGGAAAGCCCAGGGAUGCUGAAGUCAGGUUCAUGUGCGAAGAAGGUUCGAGCGACUACAUCGCUCGCGUGGACGAGCCCCAGUCCUGCUCCUACGUGCUGACCGUCCACACCACCCGCAUCUGCAACCACCCGUUCUUGCGGCCGCCGUCUUCCGCCACCCCCCAGACGAUCCGCUGCCACCCAGCUCUGAGCCCCGCGGAGUACGUGGAAUAUGUCAAGGCUCAAGUGUCAGACACCAAGCGCAAAGUGGAAGAGAUUUCCGAAGAGUUGAAGACUCUGGACAACCGGCUGUGGAAUGAGCGGGAUGCUAGCGAUGCUGUUCAAGAUGCAGAUGGAAAUGUGACUCCGGUUCCUCCUCCUCCCGAGACCGACUCAGGUGAGGAUGCUGACUUCUGGGACAGAAUGCUGCACGGAGAUGGGAAAGCAACCCAGGUGCCAGACGGAGCAAAGGAGGAAGAGCCCAGCACGAAAACGGCCGACGAUCACCUAGCAGAUUUCAAGAAAAAAAUCCACUUCAAAGUUAUCAGGAACCCGGGGGACUUGGUUCAGUUCAUUCAUGAGCUGAAGGACAGUGCCCGAAAGAACAAAGAGAAAGCCAGCGCUUCUGAGGCAGCCGCACAGGAUACCCCACCCAAAAGUGAGCCGGCAGCGGAGCCCAAGCUUUCUGAUGAAGGAGGUGGACAGGAGGAGGAGGAGGAAGAGGAAGAUCUGUUGGGGAAGUUUGAAAAGGAGCUGGAGGACAUUUUUCUGCCCAAGUCAGAGAUGGCCAAGCUUAAGGAAGAGGUGAAAUCGGAGAUGGAGAAAGAGUUCGACGACAUUAUCGAUGAGGUAGAGGAUGAGCUGGAAACGGAAGGCCUGAAGGGUGAGUUUGAUCGCAAGCAAGCCUCCAAGUCCUUGGCUUCCACCCUCAACAAGCUCAUUGAUAAGCUGGAUCCUGGCAAGGACCCUAAUAAAGGAGAUAAGGAGCAAGAGCAGCCGCAGCCCGAGGAGGAGGAGGAGGAAGAGGUGCCGGUGGCCGGAGAAGGAGAGGCAGCUCAGGACAAUACAGUUGCAGCAGCAGCAGACGAUGACUCGGAUGGGCGUGUGAAAGUCAGAGUCACGAAAGUAAGGCCAGGGAGCGCUCUGCAGAAGGAGCUGCGAGUUCGAGAGAUGAGCAGGGACAACCCACAGCUGCGCCACGUGGAGAGUGUCGUGAAGGACUUGUUGGAAAAGGAGGGCCUGAAAGCAGAAGGUAAAAUUGAAAUCAAGAUAGUGACGACUGGUGGCCUCGGUGACGACGACGACACCCACUGGCUAUCCGAAGAGGACACAAAGAACCUCAAGGACAUUUUUCUCAACAUUUUGAUCCAGGGCACGCAAAGGGAAGCGCACAAAGAGCAGCAGCGUCAACGCCAGCUGGAAGACAACUACCGUUUUGUCUGGGGGCACAGCCAGGAAGAACUGCCGGCAACCGGCAGCGCCGAUCCCGAUGAUGUGGACUUCUGAAAGACCGCGGCUACUCUCUUGCAGGACACGGCAGGCAUUGUUCCUUUCCCUGGAGGAUUGCUGCGUUUGCGUAGAGACAGUCUCGAUGGAAUCCAUGCAAAGAAGCAGGGGGACCGUGAGGGGACAUUGCUCCUUGCUCCCAGGCGUGGGCCGUCUCCUGAGAUGGCCUUCUGUCCCACGUGAGGCUGUUUUGUGCCCUCCGCUGCUGCUCUUGUCCCAUCCUGAUGGCUUUCCCUUGACUCACAGUGGCAGCCAUUUCCUCUGGACUGAAACUUUUUAAGUACCUUCCUCUGCCAAGCAAAGCCCGGGCCUCCUGCAGGCUGGCUCUGCUUGGCAUUAGGAAUGCACAAGCCAGGUUGACCCACCUGGCCGGGAAUUUUGAGUGACCCUUCCCCCCUCCAGAAAGCCUCUCUACCUGAAACUGCUCGAGGCAAGUGGCACGCGAAAGGGGGAGCCACCUGUGGACAAGGCCAUGCGCAUCCGUCUUGAGUCCGGGUGGAAAGCUGGGACCAGCACUCUCCCUUUCCUCAAAUCUCUCGUGUGCAUGGAGGAAAAUUCGCCCCCUUCAGGCUUGUGUGAUUACAGCGUCACUUUGUGUGCCUUGAACUGUCGCAGCUGCUGGAGACGGUGAUGGUGGGGGAACGGAGGAGACGGUACUUCCCUUGUUUUCCUUUGUGCUUAUCCAGCAUCUCCUCCUUUCAAACAAAGCAUAGUUCUGCUCCUCCCUGUAUUUUACUUUCAGGCUGCCUUAAAACCUUUGUGCAGCGUUGGGCUUACCCAAACCCAGCAGAUUGAGUACCAUUCGAAGGGUGGGGGAGUAGAGUCGGCCGAUCUGUCUCGUCGUGGCCAGUCGUCUCUGGCUGCGUUUUCAGUUAUACUAGGGGUCCUAGACCUAGGAGUGUGUGGACUGCAUUAAAAGAAAACAAAAAAAUACAGCUUUGCCCGUAGUCCGUGCGGCAGAGCCAUGUGUAGAGAGCUGGCUGUGUUUUACUUCUGUGAAGUCUCUCAAACUGCAGGCCUGGCUGGGGGUGUCUCUGGCAGAGAGAUGAAGAAGACAAUCUACUUCAAACGCUGAAUAAUCAGUGCUACUUAACGGGUGAUUUGGAGGCAGAGAGUUCUGCCCAGGGACAAGGUGGGGCACGAACAACGCGACCACCUCCUUGGCAUACAUUGACUCGUCCUUUUUUUUCUAUCAAUAAAUCCAGCUUAACCCAGUCUGGAUUUCUGUGUCUGCUGCUUGUUUCAUUGGGUGUUACGUGUGACCUAAGAGUAUCAUAUUGAGUGAUUCCGCACACGUCAGAUAAUGCGCUUCCAAUCCUCUUUAUAGAUCAUUUGAAACGGGUUUUUUUGUGUGCAGAACGAAAAAUCCACCUCCAACGAUUGAUAAAGUGCAUUAUCCAACGUGUGCGGAAUCAACCAUUAUCCCAAUAGUGAAAUAGGUAGAUGCAUAAUUCGUUUUCUUUAAUAAACCAGUAUGCGUUGAUGUACAAGUAUGCCGUAGGGAUGGGAGAUCACUUGAAGAUUCUACCAACUGUCUGGUUUUUAACAGGUUUACUUAGUUGGUUAAAUAAAGUUUUAUACAUUGCAACA